UGCUCUGUUGACUACAGGAGCCUGACAAUCUCACGAUAUGCAGCUGCUAUUAACGUGAAUUUCCCUUUCUGGAUCAAAAUAUAUACUAGCCUCAGCGUGACAAUGGGACAAUGUGGCGUUAUCUCUUCGAAGACGGUUCUCGUCUUCCUCAAUCUGAUUUUCUGGGCUGCCGCAGGUAUACUGUGCUACAUAGGAGCAUAUGUUUUUAUAACAUAUGAUGAUUAUGAUCAUUUUUUUGAGGACAUCUACACUUUCAUUCCUGCAAUGGUGAUCAUUGCUGUCGGAACUCUGCUUUUUGUCAUUGGUUUCAUCGGCUGCUGCGCCACUAUUCGAGAAAGCCGCUGUGGCCUGGUCACGUUUUCUGCGGUGCUGCUUCUGGUCUUUGCAACUGAGGUGGUUGUGGUGGUGCUCGGUUAUAUUUACAGAGCCAAGGUCGAGGCUGUGGUGAAUCACUCCAUUCAGAAAGUAUAUAACGAAUACAAAGGCACAAACACAGACGCUCCCAGCAGGGCCAUUGACUAUGUGCAGAGACAGCUCCACUGCUGUGGCAUUCAUAAUUACUCUGACUGGAUGAACACUCAUUGGUUUAUCGAGUCCAAAAACAACAGUGUUCCAAUGAGCUGCUGCAAACCUACCAUCAGCAACUGCACCGGGACAUUAAUGCGUCCCGGAGACCUUUACCCAGAGGGGUGUGAGGUUCUUGUAGUCAAGAAGCUUAAGGACAUUAUGCUGUACGUCAUUCUGGCUGCACUGACAUUCGCUGCCAUACAGAUGCUUGGGCUGCUGUGUGCAUGUGUGGUCCUCUGCCGUAGAGGUCAUGACCCUGCAUAUGAGCUGCUCGUCAACACGGGUGUAGAUGCCUGAGUGGUACUACAUGGCAUCAUGGGAACGGCUGGUCCUCCCAGUCUGUGUACUGUACAGGUUUAAUCUGAAUCAGGCUAAAACUUUUCUACACUAGUAUUAAAACCAGUUUCAGUAUAGCUUUGUUUGACAAAAAAGAAAGCUUUGACAGCUUGAAUAGCCACAUACUAAUAGAAUUUUGUUUAGAUUAUGUUGCUAACUUUGAUAAAAUACCGAAUUGUUCCUUUAUUUACCACACUACUGAUAUUUGCUAGUGCAGAAAAUCAUCAUUCAGUCGUUUAGUAUAUUGUAAACAUUUUACACUAAUUGAUUCCAUGUGUCAUGGUGAUGAUAUGUAUUAAUUUAUGUGGUUGUGUGGCCAAAGAAAUGUUAGACUGAAGUCACUGGCUGACAGUUUAGAUUUUUUUCCUUCAUUAUUUAUAGUACGAGUUGUAGAAGUAAUCCCUUUGAGUUAUAUUGAAGAAGAAGGAGAAAAAGAUAACUGUUACAAAACUGUUCAUUUACAUUAUUUUCAAACAUCUUUCCUCACCUCUCAUUCAGAGUUUGCAAUCUUACAUUGUGAAUUUAAAUAAAGUGUAAUUAAAAUAA